ACACAACACAACCACGAUAGUUUUUGGUCAGUUCGCGAAUACUAAUAAUAAUAAUGUACCUAGUCAUAAAUAAAUCUUACAAUAAAGUUGAAUAAAGUGAAUGGUAAUAAAUAUCGUCGUGUAUCGCGCGUGAUCAUUUUCUGGUGUAGAUAGUGCAAAAAUUAACCUUAUCAAGCAAUUCUAUUCUGUGUCAUUAUCGUUACAUAGAAUUAUGAGAUUACAAUAAUUUAACCAAUAAAUCUGUAACUGAAGAUACCAUGGAGGUUUCGUUGUUGCUAAAAUCUAUUCUGUAUGCUUGUCAGUGGUCAGUUUCUGCUAUUAAAUCAUAAGAUGGGUGCAAAUAUAUCACAAUUAGAGAGAGAUAUUGGCUCCGAUCAAUUUCCACCUAACGAACAUUAUUUUGGUUUAGUUAAUUUUGGAAAUACCUGUUACAGUAAUUCUGUAUUACAAGCUUUGUACUUUUGUCGACCAUUUAGAGAAAAAGUUUUAGAAUAUAAAGCUAGAAAUAAGAGAACUAAGGAAACAUUAUUAACAUGUUUAGCAGACUUAUUUUACAGUAUUGCAACACAAAAAAAAAAGGUUGGGUCUAUAGCUCCAAAAAAAUUUAUUGCAAGAUUGAGGAAAGAAAAAGAGGAAUUUGAUAACUAUAUGCAACAAGAUGCACACGAGUUUUUGAAUUUCUUGAUAAAUCAUAUAAAUGAGAUCAUUUUGGAGAGAAGCCAGAGUAAACCAGCUGGUGGAAAAUGCGGAUCAGGAGAUGCUGGUUCACCGUCAGAACCAACAUGGGUUCAUGAAAUAUUUCAGGGAAUCCUAACAUCAGAAACUCGCUGCCUUAAUUGUGAGACUGUAUCUAGCAAAGAUGAGGAUUUUUUUGACUUACAGGUUGAUGUAGAUCAAAAUACGUCUAUCACACACUGCCUCAGAUGUUUUUCCAAUACCGAGACUCUUUGUAGCGAUAACAAGUUCAAGUGUGAUCACUGUAGCAGUUAUCAAGAAGCACAGAAACGAAUGAGAGUUAAAAAAUUACCAAUGAUAUUGGCAUUGCAUCUAAAAAGAUUUAAAUAUGUGGAACAAUAUAAUCGUCACAUUAAAGUUUCUCACAGAGUAGUUUUUCCUUUGGAGCUUCGGCUCUUUAACACUAGUGACGAUGCAGUGAACCCAGAUCGUUUGUAUGAUUUGGUCGCAGUUGUGAUACAUUGUGGAAGUGGGCCUAAUCGGGGACACUAUAUUUCUAUAGUUAAAAGUCAUGGAUUGUGGUUACUCUUUGACGAUGAUAUGGUCGAUAAAAUUGAUGCGUCCGCGAUAGAAGACUUUUAUGGACUUACAUCAGAUAUUCAAAAGAGUUCUGAAACUGGUUACAUCCUAUUUUACCAAUCAAGAGAUUGCAGUUAGAAAUUAAUAUAAAUAUAUAGUAAUUAAAUUAAAUAAAUCCUAUAUAGUAAUUUCAUAUUUUAUUAAAGUACGGUAUAUAAGACUAGGAAUGUUAUAUGUUGGAUUAUUUUUAAAAACAACGUGCAUAUAAAUAGGUUUAAUUAGAUUCUGUUUGCGAAAUAUAGAAGAAAAUCAUUAACUUCAUGAUGGUUAUUCACCGAUGUUGUAAUGUCUUAACGAAGAUCAACAAUCUUUGUUAAAAAAGCAGUUGGUCAUGAUUUAUGGAAGAAUUAU